AUGGACAAGUCAAAAGAAAUCAAAAUAAGAAAAGCAGUCUCGUUAAUUAGUGAUGUAUGCCAGCAGCAGCUAAUUGGACAACAGCGUGUACAGACCUUGAUUUCUGAAUUGAUCAUGAUUUUGAAUGAGUGCUUUGGAGAAGAGCACACUAAUGAAAUAUUGCACGCGCUAACUGACAGUGGAGAUGGCUACUUUCAGCCGAGAGAGCUGGUAUUUACUUUAAAAUUUUCGUUGAUAGCUAAAAAAGCUUUAUCCAAAAAGGUGAAGUUUGCAUUUAACAUGAUAAAAUGCAUUUUCAAAGAAUUCAAAAGAGAAUCAAAAUUGCAUCAAAUUGAAGGACCGAGAAAUGCGAUAAAAAGCACUUUUAGCUCACCUGAGUUCAUAGCAAAUGAGGCACGGGUUGAUGAUUGUAAAAGUAUUGAUUUGCCUUUAAAAAAAGAUAAUGAAACGGAUACUAUUGUUAGAUGUACAGAUUAUAGUAAAAAAAGAACAAAAGAAAUAGCUGAAGCUUUAAAAAAUAAAAAUGAGAAACUAGUAAAAGAGAAGACUUUUUUGUAUUGGAGAAAUAAAAUGAUGAUUAAUGAAUAUAAAUCUCUUGCAAGUCUUAAUAACUGUAUCAAAAUAUUCAAAAGGGGCCUUGGAAAGCAUUUUGGGAGAUUUUUAAUAGGUGGAAAGUCUCAUGCAAGAUCUAAAAAUUUCUUAUCACGAUUAAUCAAAAAAUCUGAAAUAAAAAACUGCAAAUCUCCUUUUAAGAUAUGAAAGAAAGAAAAAACUCAUACUAGAAAUAUGUCAGCUUCAUCUAUUUUGCAGCAUACUCCUAGUGAAAAAUGAAGCCUUUAUACUGCAAGAAAAAUCCUUGCUGGGCUAGAGCAGACAAUCUUUUAUUUUGCUUUUGAAAAGCCUUUUAAAAUAAUUAUAGGCACAUAUGAAGAUGGACUUAUAGAAAUGGCUGAAAAAGUCCCAACAGUUUCUAGCAAAAAGCCUCCAAUGCAUAAAAAGCUUCGUUCUGGGAAUCCAGCAAAAGAAGAAAAUAUAGAUGAAACAAUUGGAGUAAUAACUCCAUCAUUUAAAACAAGCCAGAUGCAAAAUACUCAAAAUAAGCAAGUAUCUGAUUUCGGAGGAUCUUCAAUAGAAAGCUCUAUUACUAAGCUUUCUUUUUCUCAGCUAACCAGUAUCUCAAUAUUUGGCUUAGCCAAAAGUGAUGAGGAUUUAAGCAAAACAAUUCUGUCUUUCAAUCCAGAAAACGAAUCUAGCAGACUUAUGUGUGAUGAAAGCAGCUUUAAUCUUUUUGGAGAAACUUCUAUCAAUGAAGUUGAAGAUUUACUAGAUAAAUCAGCAUGUGAAAUAAAUGAAAAAGAAGCAGACGAGUCUCCAAAGAAAGAAUUUGUUUUCUGAACAGACUAUGUAAGAGUUUUAAGUCCUGUCAAAAAUAAAGCAAAAUUGAGAAAUCAGGCUCAAGCGGAAAGUAUUGGGAAAGAUAGCCUGCAGUUAGAAUUUGAUAAGAUUGAAAAGAACAGCUCAGAUACGAAAAAUGAAGAAAUCAUAAUGCUUGAUAUUCCAAAGAAAGCUGGAAGCUUUUCGGAAAGAAAUAGAGAAAAGCGAAAGUUAAGAAGCCAAGCUCAGGAAAGACAAAAGAUUGAAUCUAUUGAUGAAAGCCCAAUUAAGCCGGCUAAUUUUAAUGAAGUGGAAAAUUUCACACCAAGUGGAGAAGAAAGCUGACUGGGCGAUUCUAUGAUAGAUUUGACUGCUCAAAAUCAAAUUUCUAAAAAAAAUAGCCAAUUGUGUAAAGAUAAUGAAGGUAAUAAAUUCGAGGUGUUACCUUUAGCUUUUAGAGACAAAAACUUGGACAAUAUUAUAUUGGAAAAGCCUAAAAGAAUAGAAGCAGCCAGUCAAAAUGAAAUUAAUGGAGGAUCUAAUAUUUUGAAUAGUAAAGUGCCAAUUAUAAGGAUCACUGGCCCAAUUAAUUGCUGUGAAAUUAGCAUAAAUAAUGAAGAAAAAGAGAGGCUUAAUAAAAAAGAAAUCUCCCAUCUUAAUUCUUUGAAACCAAAGUCCUUUACACCAUCAAAAGAGCUACAUCCAAAAGAUUCGAUUGAAAGCUUUAAAACAGACGUAUCGUCGUCAGUUACAGAAAGUGCUGGACAGCAAAUACUUUCCAUAAAUAAUCAUACAGAUGAUGAUUCUUACUCGUACUUAAACCACAGUUAUUUUAGUCUUCAACAUCAAAGCUCUAUUGAAAUAAAAAGUGAAAUAGCAUGAAAAAAUAAACAAAUUGAUGAUUUUAUUAAAGCCAUUUUAUCCUGUCAUCGCAUUUGCACUCAAAGAUUGACAUUUAGUAUAUUGAAAGACUUUACAGACAAUAAGAAAAGCCAUGUUAAUUAUUUAAUCAAUUGUUUAUUCGAGACACUUAUUCUAAAUGCUUUGGAAGCCCAAAAAAUCAGAAAUCAAAAAGUUCCUUAUUCUUAUAAAUCGCUUAGCAUUGUAUCAUUAGACUCUGAAGAGCCAAUGUCAGAAAAAGAUUUUGUAACUGCAAUACUUUUGAAGGAUGAUCCUUACUAUGAUGAAAAAGAGCUAUUUAAAAAGAGAUCUGCAAAUGUAUUGGCAUUAGCAUCUCACAAAGCUAUCAAAAGGGCUAAGCUUCAGAAUUCUUUCAAUAGUAUUAUCUUAUAUUCACUAAAAAGAAAAAAAUAUACACAAAAAUUGACUUUAAUGACCAAAAUUAUCCAAGAAAAAAUUUCUUCUAUAAAUUCUUACAUUUUCAGCAUUUUACUGGGUAUAAGAAGUGAAUUUCACUCUAAAGAUAACAACUACACAAAGCUAACAUUCAAGAAUUCUCAUAAAGGACAUGAAGUGAAAAGAUAUAAAGCUAUUGAUAACAAGUUUGUUUUUUCUUUCACAAAUAAAGUUGAGACUAUGCUUGAGCUCGCAUUAUUUAAGCAAAAGUAUAUGUCCUUCAAAUGCAUUCAAGAAGAGAGUUUAAUGUCAACUCGUCAUAACAAACAAAAACAUAAAUAUGGUGCAAAAGCGUGCUUGACUAUUCUUACUGAAAUAUUAAAACCAAAAUGUAAAAAAAUUAUAAAAGAUUCUUUUGAGUCUAUCAAGAAUAACAAAUUUUCCAUCAAACACAAACACAACUCAAGACCUAAAAUAAAUGUUAAGGCUGCAAUUGCUCUCUACACAAAACUUUUAAAAAUAUCUCAAAACCGGUCCUUAAACAACAAGAAAAAAUCAUUCAGAAAAAUUUAUUCAUACUCAAAAACUUUAGAAAGAGUGUAUAAACUUUUCAAAUUUACUGAUUUAUUAGCAUCAGCGAUUGAAAAAUCAAACAAUAAAUUAAUUUAUUCAAGCUUCCAUAGAAUUCACGAUAAAAGUGAGCGGGAAAGAAUAUAUAAAUACGUGAAGGUUGACUAUCUCUUUAAAAAAGCUUUUAUUAGGAGGCUAGCAAAUGCAUUUGUUGCUUGGAUUAGCAACUUAGAAAGGCAAAAAGAACUUGACAUAACUGUUUCACUGCAACGAGAAAGUGGAAGCAAGACAGAUUAUUCGUGAAGAUCAUGCUAUUCUUCAUAUUCAACCACCCCUAUUACUUGUAGAACAGGAAAAUCUGAUUUAAGUGCUAAAAAGAGAGGAGUUUUGCUUCCAGUCCCAAAAACAAUCCAUGACUAUAUUGAUGACUUUAACGAAGUUGCAGGGAAAAAAGUAGAUGCAUCGUAUUUUUCUAGCCCUGUUCCUAACCCAGAUAGAUUACGGAUUUAA